UGCUCUGGUCAUAGGUUCAGUCUAUGGUCCAGACCAGUUCAGACACGUGACUGCUCACUGGUUCACAGUCUGCAGCCUGUGCAGGGAAGCGAAGGAAAGAAGCAAGAGACAGUUACAGUGAGUAACUUAAACCCGCAGUGAAGGUCUUGUCGUUUGCUGCCAGUAUGAAUGGGGAGCCCCUCUCAGCCCUGUGUACCCCUGCUCUGGUGGUGGAUGUGGACAAAGUGAAGAGAAAUGCCCAGAGGAUGAUUGAAAGUUGUCAGAAGCUGGGGGUCCAGCUUCGGCCUCACAUGAAGACUCACAAGACUCUUGAGUGUGCCGACAUCAUGACAGGCGGAUCACGGAGGUGCAUCGUGGUAUCCACACUUGCAGAGGCCUGUUUCUAUGCCGACCAUGGAUAUGAUGACAUCCUAUAUGCUUACUCUGUUCCCUUUGAUAAGGUAGAGCGUUGUGCGGCCCUGUCAGAGAGGCUGGAACUCUUCCAGGUUUUGCUGGAUCACCCCGAUGCUCUAGAAAAGCUCAGAGAGAGACCGCUGAAAGACGGUCGGCAGUGGCACGUCUGGCUGAAGCUGGACUGUGGCAAUGGGAGAGCUGGUGCACUGCACUCAGAUCCCGCUGCGUUCAGAUUGGCUCAGGCCAUCGCUGAGACUGAGGGGGUGCAGCUAACAGGAGUGUACGCGCACUGUGGGAACACCUACUACUGCAGGGGAGAGGAGCAAAUACAGGCUGUUGCCCGGGAAACCACCAGCUUGACUGUACAGUUUGUGGAAAAACUGAAGGCCAUCGGCAUCACCUGUAAAUCCAGCAUUGGCUCCACCCCCUCCUGCAGUCGCCCAAUCAAAGACAUGGCGCUGCUCAGUGAGGUGCAUCCUGGAAACUACGUCUUCUUUGAUGUGCAGCAGUCUGUGAUUGGCUCGUGCAGUCUGGAGGACGUGGCUGUGAGGGUUUUGACACGAGUCAUUGGACACAGUCCUCACAGGAACCAGCUCCUGGUCGACUGUGGAUGGUCUGGACUCAGUCUGGAUGGAGCUGGAAACCUUCCCACUGGAUAUGCUGUGAUUGAAGGACAUCCAAACCUCAAGUUGUUGUCUAUGACCCAGGAGCACGGUAGAGUGGAGCCCAUCUCAGGAGAGCUAGACUACAGCAAACACCCCCUCGGCUCGCUGCUCACGCUGAUCCCCUACCAUUCUUGUGCAACAGCCAUGAUGCACCCUGUGUACCACGUGCACUCUGAGGGCCGUCUGCUGCAGACGUGGACACCUACCCGUGGCUGGUGAACGACUUCUUGGAUCAACUUGUGAUACCUGUGUUUGAAUUCACAACUAGUAUAUGACUGAAGAAUAUUCACCCCCUCUUUCUCUGCCCCUCUUGGGGUAAUCGAGACAUAUGAGAAGUAGAAUGUAAUUCCUAUUCCCCAGAAGUCUCUGAAGUGAUGUGGGAGAAGAAAUGUCUGAAUAAAUCAAGGCUUUAGGACGUAUUGUCUCCUCAUCAUUCCAUCAGUAUAACUUUAAAGGAUUCUUGAAGUGUGUUGGUUUGUGGAUUUAAACAAAACAUUGUGUUGUGGCAAGGACAGAGUAUAAUGCUCCGGCCAUUUUGCUGCAUGUUCCCACUUAAUGUUGAAUAAAAAUAGUUAAUGAUCA